AUGAUUCGACGACAAGAAAUUUUUUGUCUGCUUUGUGCACUGCUACUCGUUUUGACAUUUUCCAUUGUUAUUUUCUUGUAUAUCAGUCGCAAGAAUUGGUACAAGUUAUCUGAUUCAGGAUCGGAAAUUCUGGCUGAAAAGGCUCGUGGAGGAGAGAUUGAGAUGUGCAACAACGAAGGUACGGUAGAAGAGGAGAACCGUAUCGUGAAGACAUCGCUAAUUGACGAAAAGCCGGUGCGCGUAUUCGAGGAAGAACGAACAGUUCCGAAAAAAAUGUUGGAGGACAGUUCAAGGGGAUGGACGGAAAGGAAAUGUCCAGAAACAUGUAGUAAGAUAUCAUUGGCAGGAAUAUCUGAGACACAAGCGCGGGAUAUACCAGAUCUUGCAAAAGUACGUAGUAGGGUUCAAGAAGAGGGUAACGCAGUUGAAAGCAAUGCCAAAAGUGAAGAACUACGAACUAAUGCGCCUAGUGUGCCAUCAGAUCAAAGUAAGGAUGAUAGGAAAGGAGUAUCAGCUAUGAUAGCGGUGGGUAAAGAUAAGGUAGAUGAAGAUUUUGAACUACCAACUAAUACUAGAGGAGUAGAAGAGGAGGACCUGGUUGGUUUAGAUGUAGAAAGGAAAAAUUUUGCUUUAAGGCACGAGGGAGGUGUUGAUGAUGGGAAAAGCUCUGAGGUGCAAGCGCAUGAGUUGAGCGAUAUGUUGGAAGAAUCGACUUCUUCGCAACUAAGGGAACAAGGAAAUAUGGCACAUAAUGUGCUGUCCGACAUAGGUAUGGAGGACUUGCAGAUUAAGGCAAAUAAACAAAAGUCACCGGCACAAACGAAUGAUGUUAUGAUGUAUUUAACAAAGGACAGCGCACAAAAUGAACCUUUGCAGAAUUCUCAACAGAGGGCAGGUGAUGCAACGAUGCCUUCACACGAUUAUGAACAGGACGAGGAGCAGGAGGUAAAUGAUGAAAUGGUGGAGCCAACAAGUUCAGAACUGAAUUCUCAACAGAGGGCAGGUGAUGCAACGAUGCCUUCGCACGAUUAUGAACAUGACGAGGAGCAGGAGGUAAAUGAUGAAAUGGUGAAGCCAACAAGUUCAGAACUGAAUUCUCAACAGGGGGCAGGUGAUGCAACGAUGCCUUCACACGAUUAUGAACAUGACGAGGAGCAGGAGGUAAAUGAUGAAAUGGUGGUGCCAACAAGUUCAGAACUGAAUUCUCAACAGGGGGCAGGUGAUGCAGCGAUACCUUCGCACGAUUAUGAACAUGACGAGGAGCAGGAGGUAAAUGAUGAAAUGGUGAAGCCAACAAGUUCAGAGCUGGAAGAUAAGCAAGAGUAA